UUCACUGAUAAAAGAGCGAGACAUGGAUUCUGGAAUUGCAUUUGAGAGCUCAAGAGAAUUAGAUAGAAAACGAAAGGAGAAGAAUACUGCAAGGCAAAAGAUACUGAAUCAAGCCAAAAAAGAAUAUGAAAAGGAAGAACGGAAGAGGGAACAGGCCAAAGCAAGAGGAGAGGAUACGUGGAUGUUACCUUCAUUAGAGAAACGUAUUGAAAAAGAAAAGGAGCAUUAUGAGAAGUCAAACAAACACAAAAAAGAAAAGAAAAAGAAGAAAAAAAGUAAGAAAAAGAAGAAAAAAAGUGAAAAAGAAGAGUCCUCUUCGUCUAGUAAUAGUGAAUCAGAUGAGGGAGAGAUGUGGGUUGAGAAAUCUAAACCAGCUUCAGCAGCCAAUAAAAGCAUGGAAUCCAAACCUGUCAUCAAGGGGCCCCAGUUACAGAGAGAUACUUGGAUGGAAGCCCCACUAGACCUAAUCCCCACCAUAACAAGGAAGGAGAUCAAAGAUGCCAAGAAAGCAGACAAUCAAGAAGAGGAGAAAAAGAUCAUGAUUGAUCAAUUAGGACAACAUGAGAGAGAACUGAAUCCAUACUGGAAAGAAGGAGGGACAGGUUUACCAGAGGAGAAUGUGCUCCAGAAAAAGGCUAGUGCCCCAUCAGGAGUGGGAGAUGGGGGAUACUCAUGGAUGAAAAAGGCCUACAAUAGAUGUGUGGAGCAGGCCAAGGAAGAAAAUAGGACCUUAGAGGAUGUAGCUACUGAGAAAUAUGGGUCUCUGGACAAACUGGAAUCAAUGUUAAAGUCUGCAGAAAAAGCAUACAGAGAAAUCACUAGAAGUAAGCAACAAGAGAGUCACCAGAGAGACAUAGACAGUAGAAGACAAAGAUUUAUGAAGCCUGGCGAAAGUGACAGUGGAAGAAGGAGAGGGUUUAUGAAGCCAUCUGAUGACAAUGAUUCUAGGUCCAAAGGAUGGAGAAGGGAGAGGUCAAGGUCAAGAGAGCGAAGGAGGUCAAGAUCAAGAUCCAGAGAGAAAAGAUCACGGUCAAGAGAAAGGCAAAAAUCAAGAGAGAGAAAAUCAAGAUCAAGGUCAAAAGAGAGAAGAUCCAGAUCUAGGUCAAGGUCAAAUUCAAGAGAUAGAAGUCAUAGGUUAAAGGUUGAUGGGAAUUAUGGUGAUAGGUCAGAAUCAAGAUAUUCUAAAGGAGGUGAAAGUGAGAGAUCUUCAAAAAGACUUGAAAGGCGUUUUAUGAAACCAGGUGAGGACAACUCAUAUAGAAUGGACAAUAGGCAUAAUGUGAAAUCUGCACCAGCAUGGAAGAAAAAAGAAUUCCAUAAACCAGAAAUCACUGAUAAAGGGGAAAGAAGCAGCAGCAGGUCACCUAAAGAAAGAAAAAGGAGACCAUCUACUUCAUCAUCUUCAUCAGAAUCAAGUUCUGAUGAAGAGAGCGAGUCUGGAGGAGAAAAAGAAGACAAAGCAGGAACAAGUGCUGGUCAGAAAGAGGUUAAAGAGGAGAGUGAGGAAGAGGUGGUCCUGCUGUCUGAGAAGGAGAUGAAUCAACUGGGGGCCAAAAUAGUCCGGGCAGAAAUCAUGGGGAACAAUGCACUUGCUGUCAAAUUAAAGGAGCAGCUAGAAAAAGCUAGGGAGAAUAAAGAAAAAUACAAAGAUACAGUGCCCCCUGGUGAAGAAGCAUCUAAUGUAGUGGUGCUGGCCAGAACUGGUGUCUCUGGAAUAGCCAGGCCUGUGGCUGAUCGGGAACAUGAACCUCAGAAAGGGAAACGCAGAAAGAAAAAGGAAAAGGUGCUCACACAUGGAAAAACAGGAGAGAGGGAGCGGUACUUUGCUGAUGAUGACAGAUUUGAUGUCAAACAAAUGGUUGAAAGAGAGAAAAUGGGAACUGCAGAAGAUCAGAACUCAAUGUUUUCUAGACUUGCUGGCAGAAGUGUGGAGAAGACAGAUGAGGAUUAUGACUUAGACGACAUGUUUGUUAGCAGAGCCAACACUAAAGAAUCGGGUGCCAAAGUGGAAGAAAGAGAGCGUGCUUUAGCCAUCAGGGAGCAUAAGAACAUCUCUGACUGCCAGAUGUGUUUUGAUAAAACUCCAAAGCACCUCAUUAUCUGCAUAGGAACUAAGGUGUACCUCUGUCUUCCCAAUAGUAAGUCUCUAUGUGAGGGCCACUGUCAGAUUGUCCCAAUGCAGCAUGCUGUCUCAGGUACUGUAGUGGAUGAGGAUGUCUGGAGUGAAAUCCAGAUGUUUAGGAAGGCGCUCACACGAAUGUUUGAGUCAAUGGAUCAGGAUGUUGUGUUCAUGGAGACCUGUAUGGGACUACGAUAUCAUCCCCAUAUGCUCAUAGAGUGCAUUCCCAUGGAAAAAGAGACAGGCGACCUUGCUCCUAUAUAUUUCAAGAAAGCCAUACAAGAAUCUGAGUCGGAAUGGUCUGACAAUAAAAAGUUGGUGGAUCUCAGUAAGAAAGAUGUCCGUAGAUCCAUUCCAAAAGGUUUUCCUUAUUUUGCUGUUGACUUUGGAAUGCAGGGUGGAUAUGCACACGUGAUAGAGGAUGAAAGACAAUUUCCUAAGUAUUUUGGAAAGGAAGUAGUGGGUGGCAUGAUUGACGCCGAGCCCAGACUCUGGCGACGCCCACAGAAAGAAGGCUUUGAGGAUCAGAGGAAGAAAGUCCUUCAGUUUGCAGACUGGUGGAAACCUUAUGAUUGGACAAAUAAUUAAUAAAUUCUAUGGCUAGGAAAAGUCUUGAAAUGUAAAUGCUCCUCUAGAAAGCUGUUCCACAAGUCUUCCUUGUCCUCUAGACCUCCAAAUGUUCCAUGAUAUCAGAAAUCAAUGUAGAUAUAAUGAACUCUUACUGUCAGUGUUACACACUGAAUAUUAAAGGGUUUUGUUCCCACAGGGCCUGUAUUUUUGUUGUAAAGCAUUUUUACAAAAAAUGUUUAGUUUAUCAAUUAUUUAUGCUGCUAUGUAUAGUUUGAUCAGAC